UGUGCGCGUACCUACAACCUACCUAAUCGCAUCGCUUUUUGUCGGGCAUUCGACUACCGCGGAUUCCGUCGAUUAGUUUUACAUAUAACAUCGUUGUKUACUAUUACUGGAUUGCGUGGAAAACUCUGAACUGUCGAUAUUUUCGAGCAUUCUGAGAUCAAAAAUCAUCCGCCAACGACGGCAGUAGGUGACCUACUCGGUCUCUGAUGUAGUAGGUACCUACGCGCUCGAGUCCAACUGGUUGGUACCUACACGGAAACAACUUGAAACUAUUUAGUUCAUCAGCCAAUUCACAUGCAAGUUAAUAAAGGCGGAGUUAUUGAUGAUUGGUGAUUGAUGAAUUUAAUGAUUUAGUUCCAGGUGUGUUAGUGUAUAGGCUACUAUAGCUACAUUGAUUGCAAUCGAUCUGUUAAGAUAAUGGAUUCUGGACGUCAACAGCAGCUGGACAAAAAGCAGCUAUUGCAACAACAGCAACUUCUGUUGCAAAAACAAUUACAACAGCAACAGCAACACCAACAUCAGCAGCAGCAGCACCAUAAUCUCCAACAGCUGCAGUUAAAACAACAGCAGCAACAAUUAAAACCACAGCAGCAGCCGGUAUUACAAGCACAAGCACAAUAUUUGCAGCAGCAGUUAUCACCAAACCAACAACAACUACAAACGCGGAAUCAAGAUUUUCUGAAACAACGAGGUAUGCAACAUGGUAAUUUGAACCAGCAGCAACUUCAGGAACAUCAAAAAAAUCAAGAUCAAGCAAUUAUAGAACUCUUAGAACUCAAUGAUAACAAUAAAUAUGAAAACAAAAAUCAAGAAGACUGUCUUAUUGUACAACGAGAACAAGUUAUCCAACCACAGCAACAAUCUAGUCUACAAAGACAACAGCCACUGAAGCAGCUACAAUCACAAUUAAUGCAACAAUCCCAACUUGGUCAACAACAACAGCACCAACAGCAAACGCAAUUUUUACAACAAUCGCAGCAGCAAUUUCAGAAUGUACAACAACUACAAAAUAUGCCGCAAAUACAAAAUUUGCAACAAUUACAGACUGUGCAACAACCUCAGCUGAUAACACARCCACAGAUUGUACCAAACACUCCAGUUGUAGGACAGCCGUCGUCUAUACAAAAACCCAAUUCGUUACAACAAUCGCAGAUUUCACAGCUACAGAAUAAUCAGUAUUCUCCCGUGUCUACACAGCAACAGUCUAAAAAACAGCCUCCUCCUCAUACUCAACAAUUACUCCAGCAACAGCUACAACAGUUAUUAUUAAAGAAUAAAAGUUAUCCACAACGCAUCGUCGUUUUAGGCAAUCAACCUCAGCAACAGCAGUUGUCAUUACAGCAGCCACAACGCGUGGUCACUAGCAACAGCACUGGUCAGCAAUCUCAACAGAUGCAAUGUGUUGUUGUCACAAACACUGGCCAACAACCUCAACAGAUGCAACGUGUUGUCGUAACUGGAACCGGACAACAACAACAGCAACAACAAAUUCAACGUGUUAUGGUAGGGAACAAUGGACAACAACAGCCGCAACAAAUGCAACGUGUUGUUGUCACAAGCACCAGUCAACAAAUACAGCAACAGCAGAUCCAACAUGUUGUCAUUCCAUGUACUAGUCAACAACAGUCACAUCAGGUGCAAAACGUGGUUACACAAACAUCUAUCCAGCAACAACCACAGCAGUUGCAACGUGUUGUCGUCGCACCAACUGGCCAACAACAGAUUCAACGUGUGGUAACUUCCACCUCAAGUCAGCAGCAGCUUGCGCAGCAACACCAACCAGUACAACAACGUAUUGUUAUUGGACAGCUUAAAACAUCGCAGCAAACUCAGCAAAUGCAUUCGCCUGCACAAAAUGGUGCAGUCCUUAAUCAGCAAGUGAUGCAACGACCGAUAGGAUCAACACAGCAGCAGCAACGUGUCGUCAUUGCAGGUCAGCAGCAAAUUUUGAAACUAACAAACCAGCAACAAUCUCAACAGCAAAUUACACUUCAAAAACAGUUGACUCACAAAUUAUUGCAACCCAUACCAUCACCAUCACAACAACAAGAUGUAGUAAAAAAUCAACAGAAACAACUAGAUGAAGUAAAAAGCCAUUUUCAACAACAAGAAAUAAUAAAAAACCAACAACAACAAGAUGUAGUAAAAAACCAACAGAAGCAACUAGAUGAAGUAAAUCACCAACAGAAACAGCAAGAUGUAGUAAAAAAUCAACAUCAACAAGACAUAGUAAAAAAGCAAUCGCAACAAGUGCCACAUCAGCAAUUAUCGCAUGGUAUUGGUGUUCCUCUAACGCAGCAGCAAAAACAUAACCUAAAUUUGUUUAAUGACAGUUUAGCAAAAGAGCUACAUAUUAAACAGUCACAUCAACUUUUACAGCAAUUGCACAUACAACCAUCCCAAAAACAUUCGCAGGAACAAAUAAACAAGCAACUACAACUACAAAAACUUAAACAGAAGAAAGAAAUAGAUCAAUUACAACAGCAAUUGAAACAACCUCAACGUAGUGGUUUAAUCGUUGGACAGUUGCAACAACCGGAAAAACCUGAACCAGAAAAGUUGAAAAAGCAACUUGAGAUGCAACAACAACAACGACAGAAACUUCAAGAACGCCUUAUACUGCAACAACGACAACAACAACAAAAACUAAAAGAGCAACAACUGCAACAGAAGCACCAACAACAACUCCGUGAACAAGUUUUACUACAGCAACAUCUUAAACAACUACAACAGCAGCAACUGCAAAAGAAAUUACUACUCAGACAACAAGCAUCUCCAGAAAACCGUUUAUCGUUAGCUGUAAAUGGAAACCAAGAUCAGAAAAUACAAAAUGAUGAGAAUACAAUCAAUCGUUGUGAAAAGUCAGAGGAAGCAGAAUCUUUACGGCAUAUAGAGAAAGUUACUGCCGCUGAAAAACAGUACCAACUUGGUAUCAAACGAAAAAAUAACGAAAAACCACCAGUUGGUGAAAAAGAGGUUUUAUUAUCAUCAUCGGAUGACGAUGACGAUGAAACAAUACGUAAGCAACGAAUUUUGCUUCGUGAAGCUGAACGUCUUGUUCAGGAACGUUAUGACGCAUUAACAGUAGUGUUAGGAUCCAAGUACAUAACACAAUAUGAUGAAAUUUUAAAAAGCUGGCUGGCUAGCCAAUUAUCACGUGAAGAAUUUGACCGUGAAAUUCGCAAGGUUUUGUAUGUUUCAUGGAUCGCUACAAAAAAACAUGUUGAUAGUGAUAACAAUAGCAAAAAUGCAUCUAUUAAAACCAACAAUAAUUCGUAUUCAAAGAAAACAACCAAAAAGGACGUGGCAGUCACCACAUUAAAGAUAAAAGAAGAUAAUGGUUCCUUAAUUGAUUCAACAGCUCAUAAAUCUCCCACAUUAAAAAAAUUGGCUGAAAUAAACGAAGAUAUAAAUGUUGAUAUUGAAAAAAAAGAAGUUAAAGCUAUUUUAGCAGAACGUGUGCCAUUGCAUAACGCACUCGUCACCAGUUUAAUAAAGUGGAUGCCACUAAAUUGUCAGUGGUUGGAACAGCAAAAGGCACGUUCUCAAGGUGUUUCCGUGAGUGGAGCUCCGUUGCGAUUGUAUACUUAUGCAGAUGUACCUCAAGUGCGUGGCCAAAGUGACCACUGGUACCCUGAUGUACCUGGCAGCUUGGCCCAUUGGUAUUGGCCUAAUAAUUUGCCAUGCAAGUCUUCAGCUAUGGAAAACAUUGAACACCUAUCACCGAAAAUGUCGUUUUAUGAGCAAGAGAAAAAGAAAGUUGCUGAUGCUGUAGCUGCAGCGGUCUUAAUAAAGCCACCAUCGCGAAAAUUGCUCCCGUUGCUGAUGGAGGUAGCUGAAAACACAGAAAAGUUACGAAGAGCAAGACAAUUACAGUACCAGAAGAGAUUCCCUAAAAAUCAAAAUGCGAAAAUUACGAAAAGAUUGCAAUGGCAACGGUUGCAAGAACAAAAGCGGUUGACUACAAUGGUGCAAUUACGGGAUGGAUGUUCAAAACUGUUGCGUGAACUCAAAAUGCGUCUCCGAUGUCUUGCCAAUCAAGAAGACCGGCUUAUCGAACGGUUACGUCGGCUUCAGAUUCGUAUGUCACGGCGACGGCGUCAAGUGUUGGCACAAUUCAAAAUCCGACAAAAGGACUUAAAAUCUCGUUUACGAAAGUUUUUCGAUAGGUCAUACAUAGAGCAGCCAAAUGUUGAUUCUCAUGAGCACCUACAUACAGAUGGUUCUUCUAUUGAAGACAACGAGACAGAUGACGAUGAAAAUUCUAAUGAAGAAGAACCUGUACAACAUUGGAAAGAAGUUCAUCAACUGGAGAAGAAUCAUGGAAAUAAGAAGAAGUUUAAAACUACAAUUGCUAAUCAUCAAUCUAAACUAAGUGUUCGUGCUCAACGUCCUCAAUCAACGGCUUUGACGAUACGUUUAUUGCGUGACCGACAACUAUUCUUGGCUACAACGAGGUUGCUAGAAGUAACAAAGCAGGAACGCUUACAUUUAAGUAGCAAUGYUGAUUAUGUCCGUGAGGUUCGAAAUAAGAACUGUCCGUGUGGAGAAUCUGAUAACAGACCAUGUCAAUACUGGAGACAGAUCCGUAAAUUACGAAAAAAGUUAAGAGCACGUGAAUUGAUUGCAAUCAAGAAAGAAAUGGACCAAGAGCUAGUAAGAAAAUCAGCUGAAAGAGAAAAAAUAGAUGCCGAAGAACUUCAAAAAACAGCAGUCUUAGAAGUCGAAAAGACAAAUGUAGAAACCAAAAAAACAAAAGACAUGACAAAGUUAACGAAUAGAAAAAAUGUGACACUGACGAAGAAAAAUAUCAACGCCGAGGCAGAGGAAAAAGAAGGUGACUCUUCUGCCAAAGAAAAGAUUAUCAAUAAUAGUCCCGUGAAAACCAAUGCUACUACCGAUAACAAUAAUUCAAAAACAUCAUUAGAUACCACCAAUCCGAAAAAUGUAGAGAUCAAGGUACGACAAAUUAUGGACAGUUCUGACAAAGUUAACAAGGGAAAACAUAAUAUGGGAAUUCAUAAUUGUAACCUAUUGCCUAGUAAAUGUCCUCAAAAAACUAGAAUUGAUAUUUUGGGGGAUGCUAAAAACCGAAUAAGACCACCACUACCAAAAGAUAAGAGAAGUGUUGUAAAUGUAGCUGAUGCUGCUGCUCGAGCGGCUCAAGCAGCAUUAGCUGCAUCAAAGAAAACUCAACUCCGAAAAACCAGAGCGGCAGCAGCUGCUGCUGCUGCUGCUGCCACUACCGCAGCUAUUGCGUCUCCUUCCGGUAUAGUUGAUAAUGAUCGGCGAGCAAGUGAACUUAUGCCACCGCCACCACCACCACCACCACUAAUACCAUCAGUUCCUCCAAAAUCUGUCACAAAUCCAAGAAAUCCUACUAUUGGGGCUCGAUACUUGCAGCAGCAAAAGUUUUUAUUAGAUCGGCAUAGACAGUUAGAACGUAUUCGACGCGAUGAAGAAGAACGACGACAACGAGCACAAGAUGAAGGUCUGCGGCAAGAUCAAGAGUGUUUCGACAGAGAAGUGGACGAGACAAACAUGAAAAUGGAAGAUUCCUCGUCACCAUAUAUACCAUCUUCCCAAGAAAUGAAAUCAAAGCGACAAAAAGUUUCAUCAGGUACCAUUGUCCUGGACAUGAAUCGGGUAACUGUCAAUGAAGAACAAGCAGAUCUUAGCUCCCCAAUUCGUAGUAACGCUAAAAACGGCGAAGAAACUCAACAAUUUAGUGAUUAUUACUUUUAUUAUGGUGGUGGUGGUGGUGGUGGUGAUUAUUAUUCAUCAGAUGAAGAAUCUUCUGGAUCGUCAUUUAUUGAAMCUCCAUUUCCUCCACUUCUGCAUGAUCUUCGGAUAGAUCAGUUACCACGGCCUACGAAUCGGAUGCCAGCUGCAGCUGUUCUUCCRCCUGGUGUACGAACUCGGCUGCAACCAAUGCGAUCAUCAAAUUCCAAUAUUCAUGAUGUAGAACAAUCAGCUUCUUACAAUAUCCCACAAGUUGAGACACGGCAGGAACAGAUAACCAAAGAGGCUGAUGAUGGACGUAAUAUUAAUGAUCCGGUUGCAAAACAAUCCUUGGACUGUGCCAUGGAAUUCAGUAUGCGUCCAAAUUCUUUAAGUUUGAACACAAUAACUGAUACAUGCAAGAUUACUGAAGCAGAUGAGUUUCCACCAUCUCAAAUGUUGUCCUCAAAAAUGUCUAAUAAAUCGAGCAAAGAAUCGCAAAAUGAAGUUAUAGUACGGCGGGAACAACAGAAAAUGCAACAAGAUAAAAUUAACGAUACUAAAAUGUUACCAGAACGGCGAAAGCGCCGUCAAGAUCCAGACAGAUUGUCUGGAGUGAAGAAGACUUUCGAUAAAGUUCAACAGCAAGUGAAUGAAAAUCUAAUAUUAAAAACGAACCCUUCAACGGAAUGGUCAAAACGAGAUUCAAAACAAGUUUCAAUUACUUCAACUACAAAAAUGAAUUCAUAUUUAAAAGAUAAAAACAAACACCUUAAUAAUCAACUGCAGCAACAAAAAUCUAUGGACAAA